UGCGCGGCAGAAGGUGUUCGCGCGUCGAGCUAUCUAGUUGGCUUUUGUGCUACUGAGUCAGUUAUUUGGCUUGUUUUUUUUAUUAUAUCGUAAUAAUUGUGAAUUUAUGGUAUUAUUAAAAGUGAAUUAAACUUUAUCAACAAUACUAAUAUUUAAUUAAAUAAUUAUUAUUAUUGUUUAUUUAAAUAAUUAAAAUUGUUCGAGUUUAUUUGUAGAAAUACAAAAGUACGAAUUUAACGGAUUAGUGGUUUUUUUUGUAAAGUGUUUAUUUUUUAUAAAUUAUAAUUAUUUAUAUUUAAUAAUAAAUAAUGUGUUCAAUUAUGAAGAAAGAGCAAUCGAGCGUCAUGAGGAUCAUCGUCAGGAGUUUUGCGGUUUUACUUCUCGUCUCUGCUGUACAAGGAUACAGAGUUCCAGACGUAGUCGAAAUAGUGCCAAAAGGACAAGUUGCUGUUCGAGUUGGCGAAAGCUUGAGAAUCAUGUGUCGAGUUGGCCAGCCGGUUCAAUUUUGUCGAGUUGAAAUUCCUAGUCAAGGAAGCAUGGUUUUGCAACCGAAUCAGAAUGCAAAUGACGGCAUUGAGUAUUACGGAGAAGGAUUGCAGACUGGACAAUGUGGUGUUUAUAUUCAUCAUGUUAAAGAAGAGUAUGAUGGCAUAUUCAAGUGUGCUAUUAUUACUAACGGUAGUCGAAGUGAAGUUGACAAUAGUUUGACGAUCAUCGUUGCCAAACCACCAAAACACCUUCAAUUGCUAUUAAGUCCUGGAAGACUUUCUGGCAGAGAUAUUUACAAAAACGGAGAGAAACUUGAAAUAAGUUGCAGCGCAUUAGCCGGUCGUCCUGCUGCCAAUGUAUCUUUAUAUCUUGAUGAUCAACCACUGGGGAGAGACUUCGAACCAACCGUUUACAAUACAAACGUCAACGACGAAUCGCUUUCAGUCCAAAAUGUUUCUUACGCCCUCAAGUGGAGUGACAACGGAAAAAUGAUUAGAUGUGUAGCCAACCACAUUGCUUUGGACCGUCCACAGGAAACUAAACGUCAGCUUGAAGUUCACUUUGCACCCCAACCACUUCCAACUGUCGAAUUAUUCGGCUACGUGAUUGGUCGUCCAGGAACAAUAAACGUAACAUUGAAUGCCCAUCCACGACCACGUUUCAUCUGGUACAUAAACGGGGAAAAAAUAAACGAAGGAAGCCCAGAUAUGAGCAAUCGCUUGCAAUCAUCAACUGCUGUUGAAGUGGCCAAAGGUGUGUAUCAAGUUGAACUUAAGAUCGACAGUGUACAGAAGUCUGAUACGGAAAAAGAAUAUAAAUUGGAAGCACGUAAUGAUGAAGGAGCUGAGGAAUAUCGCAUUCGACUUUCAACGAGUGCUGAACCUGAAGGAGCGCUCAUUCACUUCUAUGGUAAGCUCUCCGAACACAUGCACGCACUAGGAGUUGAUUUAGAUGCAGGAUACAUUAUCGGGAUCGUCGUAGGAAUUUUAGUGAUACUCUUACUCGCCUUCUUGAUAAUUUUCGCCCGAGCGACUGGACGCUGGUGUUUUGCAGCGAGACGACGUGGUGAUGAAGAAGCUGCGGGUAAUGCUGGUGCCGGAAGUGAAGCUCACAUAACACCUGGUGAUGAUGACGACGAUGACCACAAUGAUCAGCAUAUUAUUGACGAAAAAAUACCACACGGUGGUCAAGAGAAUCCAAUUCAUGCCAGCACUGAGUACGUUAAUGGACGCACCGAAAUCAAGGAUAUCAAGAGAAAGGAUGAAAAAACCGACACUCCAGUAUAAAUAAUAUCAUAUUAUUUAGUCCCAGCUGAUUCGUCAUUGCACUCGUUAUUGUCACUUGAUGAUAAUAAUAUUAAUUUAAAAAAAAAACAAUUAACGACAUAUUUGUAUCUAUUAUAAAGUGCACCACUUUUAAUUACACUGGAUUUAAUUCCGGACAUAAUAGAUAAGACAAUUAAAAUAUAAGACGUCAUUCUCGUGCAAUUAAUAAUAAUAAAUAAAAUAAAUAAUUUAAUAUAAUUAAUUAAUUAAUUAAUAAAUAAUAAUAUUAUUAAUAGUUAAUAAUAAUUAAGUGUCUGCACGAGAAUGACGUUUUAUUUACUAACGAUCGCGACGAUCUCUUUGUGAUUUUUUUUUUUUUUAUAAUGAGGCUUUACGAGUAACCGGCCGCCGGAUUUAUCAAUAUUCAAAUUUUAUCAGUAAUUCAUUUUUCUGAAUUUUCUUUCUUUUUUUCUGUCAACAUUUAAAUAAAGAGCAGAUUUAAUAUUAUCUAAUCGCGAUAGACUGAUUAAGGCAGCUGUUUUUUUAUUUGUAAAUGUGUUCGUAAAAGAGAUCGGGCUACCGCGAUAUUUAAUAUUAAUAUUGAUUAGAUUUAGUUAAUAUUACGUUUAUAAUUUAAUUCUUAAAGCCAAUAGGCAUAUUCCGAGCCUCAGUAAUUUAAUACCAAGAGAUACAAUUUAUUUUGAGAAUUAAAAUUUAUUAGUUCUUUUCUUAUAAUAAUAAUUAUUAUUAUUAAUAUUAUAAAGUAUAAACAAUUAUUUAUGUAUUUUUUUAAUGAUAUUCAUAACCAUUGUAUUUAAGUGAGAUUUAAAUAGAUCUUAAUUUGAAAUUAUUGAAUCUCGUUUAACGUAACGUUCAAAAAAUCUCAAUGACUUUUUUUUUUCUUCAUUGUAUUUAAAGUUUAGUAAAAUUUUAUAAAGACAUUAUUGUAAUUUGUGUUGAAUGUGUGUUGUGUGUAUGGUAAAUUUUUUACUCAUAUUUUAGACGAAUCUACAGAUAAAAAAAAAUUACUUAACGAAUGGUUGGUUUAUUUUUUUUGUGAAAUCAUUUUUUUGAUGAUUAUUUACCCUAGUAGAUCCAAAUUACGGUAAUUAACAUAAUUUACGGUAUCUUACGCCAAGCAUACGGCAAUACUGCGGUAUUUUUACCGUAAAUUUGCAGUAUUGUGGCGGUAAUUUACCGUAAAGUGAAGUAUUGCACCGUAAAAACACUAAAAAUAAAAAAAGCAUACUGUGUUUACGGUUAAAAUACCUCAAUUUAUGGUAAAAUACGGGCUUUGGUAAACUUGCGGUACCUUACAGCAACAGUGCGGUAUUUUUUACCGAAAAUUUUCAGUAAUAUGGCGGUAAUUUCCCGCAACAUUGUGGCAAGCAAUGAUGUAUUUUACCGUAAACUGAAAAACUGUAUUGUAGAAAGUCUAAAAAUAGAAAAGCAUUCUGUGCUUACGGUAAAAAUUUCGCAAAUUACGGUAAAUACGACAUUUUUCGGUAAACAUACGUACUUUACGGCAAUCGUACGGCAUUUUUACCGUAAUUUUGCAAUAAGAGAACAGUAAUUUACCGUAAAGUGAAGUAUUGCACCGUAAAAACACUAGAACUAUAAAAGCAUACCGUGUCUACGGUAAAAAUGCCGCAAAUUGUGGUAAACUACGGUAUUUUUGGUAAACAUACGGUACUCUACGGUAACGUUGCGGUAUUUUUACCGUAAUUUGGCAGUAAGGCAGCGGCUAAUUACAGUAAAAGUUCGGAAAGCCCGUAGUAUUUUACCGUAAAGUGAAGAAUUGCAUUAUAAAAGCUCUAAAAAUACACAAGCAUACAGUUCUUACGGUAAAAAAUACCGUAAAUUUUGGUAAUUUACCGUAAUUUGGAUCCGCCAGAGUACUAACGAAUAUAAAUUGUAUUUUUUUUUUAUGGAAACGUUACGUGCACAGUAUUUAUAACACUAAAAAGAAAGAAAACAUAAAAAAAAGUAUUGAUAUAUUGUUAAUAUAAUUAACAAGACAUUCCAUAAUUAUUGUAAUCCUUAAUUAAAAGAAGGAAUUUUUUUUUCUUAUUGUAACUUUGAAGCCUUUUAUUAUCAAUUAUUAUUAUUACUGUAACUAUUACUAUUAAUAAUUAUUGCUAUUGUCAUUUAUCUUUAAUAACUUUAUUAUAAUAAUAAUAAUAAAAUAAAAAUAACUGCCGUUUUGUAUGUUGUAAAUGGUAAUAAAAAAAAUUUAUUUAAAUAAAUAAAAUAAAACUUUGGUAAAUAAUUUAAAAAACAAACUGCCGAUUUUAAAAAUACAAAUUUUAUUUAAAUUUAAAAUCAAACCGUUAAAAGUUUAUAAAUAAAAGAGUAGAUUUAAAUUAAUAUCUCACAUUACGUGGACAAUAAUCUUCUUUGUACUUUUGUAAUGUCAUUCAUUUAUCUGCUCAAUUAAAUAAAAAAAAAAAAGUUUUAUUUCAUUUAAAUAUCACGUUUAAAUGUAAAUUAGAAUUUUUUAAAAAACUUUUAAUUCGUCAUUUAAAAUUUUUAUUUUUACUUUUAUUGUCAUUGACAGACACGGAAUCACAUUUUUCACUUACAUCAGACACAAAAGACGCGACAGAUUCUUUUAAAUUCCAUCAACUCUCCCGGCAAUUCAUGAGCACAAUUUAAACUUUUUAGUCUUUAAUUCCAUUGGGAAAAUGAUCUCAUGUGUGGGGGAAAUGAUAAAAUUUUUUUUAAUAAAACAAACAACAGAAUCUGUCCGUUAAUUUUUUUAUCUACAUAUAUAUUGUAUAUAAAAUAUUAAAUAUAUAAAUAAAUAAAUAUAUGAAUAAAUAAAUAUUAUAAAUACUGUGGUACGAAACCGAAGUAAUAGUGAUAAUUAAUAUAAAUAUGAUUAUAUAUGUCAACGGCAUUGGUUUUGCAAUUUAUUAAUAAUUAAAAAAUCUUAAUUAAUAAACAAAUUUAAUAUUUGCAUUUCAAUUGCCCGUAGACAUGCCGUUAUUCAUAUUUAAAAGUAAAUAUUAAAUAAACAUUAAUUAAAUACAGACGAAUUAAAAAAAAAUUUAUUAGAACUGUUGGUUACGUACUACGAUAUCUAUAGAAAAUAAUAAAAGUAAGUAAAGAUUGAUGAUUAAAUAAAGUAACUAUAAUUAAAAAUUUUAGAUGUUUUCAAUUGACACUGUCGUAAAAAAAAAUUAAAUAAAUAAUGGAGGUAUAUUAGAUGGAGUUAAAUAUAAAUAAUCAUAAACGUGAUUGAUUAUUAUGAUAAUUGAUAAUUUAAAAAAUAAUAAUUUGAGAUUACGUGAAUUUAAAAUGAUUUUAAAUUAAGAGCGAUGAGAGUUAAGAGCAUCGUGGUUUAAAUUUUGGUACAAAGCAGGGUUGGAAAAGGUUUAAAUUAUUUAAAAAAAAAGAAACAGAUUGAUAAAUUAAUAAAUAAUUAAAUCACUUGAAAAUUUUAUUGUGUGUAAUCUAAGAGUUUAAUUAUUUAUAAAUAUCAAAUAAAUAUUCAAAUAAAUGUUGAAAUUUUAAACAAGUAUCAAAUUUAUUAUAAUAAAUGAAAAUAUGGACUUUUUAAAAAAUCGGUGUUUUUAAAAAUAGUACACGGAAGAAACUAGAUACUGAUUACUGUUCUGCACAGUAAUCGACGAACAGUAUAAAGAAAAAUAUAUUUGAACAUGUGAUUCAUAUUAGAACAGGAGUGAGUCAUAGCUUAACACGUACUAUUACUUUUUGAACGGUAACCAAUGCUGUGCGACAGUACAUGAAACAUAUGACUGGUUACUGUCAAAAUAGUCGCCAUUAACGUCCAGAACAGUACUUAGUCCUGUUAUGACAUGAACGGUUACUAAAUUCACAUGUGUCUUUACUAUUCUUGACAGUAGAGGUCAAUUCUAACCUCUCUCUAUAGUUGAAUAGUUUUCUGUCAGUGCGUUUUACAAACUGAUAAUUAAACUAAUAAUUUGUUAAAAAAAAAAGUUAAAUAUAAAUAAUAAUAAUUUAAAUGAAAUUUUAAAAAUCUAUACUUGACAGAUUUGAAUUAUAGACCUCUACUGUCAAGAAUACGGUUGCGUAACAAUUCAACCGCAGAAAAAAUAACCGCGACAAAAUAACCGUCCUUUUAUCAUGGUUUUUGUGUGUUUUGUCAUACGGUUAUUUUGUCGUCGGUUAUUUUGUCGCGGUUAUUUUGUCUGCGGUUAUUUAGGCGUGACACCCAAGAAUAGUAAAGACACAUAUGAAUUUAGUAACCGUUCAUGUCAAGACAGGACUGAGUACUGUUCUGGAUGUUAAUGGUGACUAUUUUGACAGUAACCAGUCAUAUAUUUCAUGUACUGUGUAGCACAGCACUGGUUACUGUUCAAAAAGUAAUAGUACGUGUUAAGCUAUGGCUCACUUAUGUUCUAAUAUGAAUCAGUCAUAUUAAAAUGCAUUUUACCCUGUACUGUUCGUCGAUUACUGUGCAGAACAGUAACCAGUACUAUCUAGUUUUUCCCAUGCACAUGUCCAAUUACGUAAUGAAAAUAAAUAAAAUAAACAAAACAAAAAAAAA